AUGAUGAAUGAGGGUGUCGCGCUGGUUGACGAAGAUAAAAAUAUUAUUCAUACUUACUUUGCUGGGUGCUUAUUAUGGGUUGGGGGCCACGGGCAAUGGAUAAGAGUUUUUAUUGCAAGUGAUGACUAG